GAGAGUUCCCAUUAAUACAUUUCGAAAAAAUUCACUUUUAAUUUUCAAAAGAAUAUUUCAAGAAAGAAAUACGAUUACAAUUUUUCUACUUUUGUAAAGUGUGAACUUUUUUAAACACAAAUUUCAACUCAACAAUAAAGUUUGAUCGCAACGGAAAACGGAAAUUCAAAUUUGAAAAAAUUUACUGAACCAUUGAUAAUUUUAGACAAUAAUGCUUUGAUUGAUGAAUGGAAAUCAAUGUGUGUAUUUUUUUUUUAUUUUCCCUCCGAGGAAAUGUGGAGCGGAAGUGGCUGUUGUUACGUAAAAUGCUUUUACAAACGAUGAACUUGCCAUUUUAAUCCAGAAAAAGCAAAGCAACAGUUCGAUGAUCGAUGAUCUUGGCAAGCUUCAAGUUCCGGUAAAAAUCGGAAUAUUCUCUUGGAUAUUUUGCUGAAUCUUCAAAAUCUAGAUUAACGGAAAUUAUCAGUUGUGACGUUUGAAAAACUCAAUAACCGGUCUGAAUAAGACAGCUAGUCUAAAAACAUGGCGGAAGAAAUUGUGCUGAAUAUUGUGGAAAUGGAUUCCAAGGAUGAUAACGAUGGACCUCAGGAGGCUGCGGAGUCGGAAAUUUGUAGGAUUGAAAUUCCGCCGCCAAUUCUGCCAGUUUCGAAUCCGACUGAAAUGAACGGAAAAAUGGAAACGGCAAACUACGCAGAUCUCGUUCAAAAAACAAGAGACGCAUUUUACAGUGGAAAAACAAGACCUUUAGAAUGGAGGAUCAAACAAUUGAAACAAAUUUUGAGAAUGCUGGAGGAAAACUCGCCUAAAAUUCAAGCAGCGCUUGCCACUGAUUUACGAAAAAGUAAAUUUGAAAGCUACGCACUAGAGAUAGAUUUCACAAUUAAUGAAGUAAAGUCUAUGUUAAUGAAUAUCAAAGAAUGGGCAGCAGUCGAGAAGCCUCCGAAGCCGUUGGUCAAUAUGUUGGAUGACAUUGAAAUUUACAAGGAUCCUUAUGGCGUUGUUCUCGUAAUUGGAGCCUGGAAUUAUCCACUACAAUUGGCUCUUUUGCCAAUGAUGGGAGCACUCGCAGCUGGAAAUUGUGUUAUUCUCAAACCUUCAGAAGUAUCUCAAGCGACUUCCAAAGUUGUCGCCGAAAUGAUUCCGAAAUAUUUAGAUAACGAAUGCUUUCACGUUGUAUAUGGAGGUGUCCCGGAAACGACAGAACUUUUGAAACAGAGGUUCGACUAUAUUUUCUACACAGGUUCGACGACUGUUGGAAAAAUUGUUCGCGAUGCCGCGAAUAAAUUUUUAACACCAGUAACAUUGGAACUUGGUGGCAAAAGUCCUGUUUAUGUUGACAAUACAGCUGACAUGAAUAUCACUGCCAAACGUGUGCUAUGGGGUAAAUUUAUAAAUAGCGGACAAACUUGCAUUGCACCAGAUUACAUAUUAUGCACACUCGAAGUACAAAAUCGACUAAUUAAGGAAAUGAAGGAAGUUUUAAAGGAAUGGUACACUGAAAAUAUGCAAAACAGUCCCGAUUUAUGUCGUAUUAUCAGCGAUAAUCACUUUCACCGAUUAUCAAAAUUCCUGACGAACGGAACAGUUGCAAUUGGAGGGAAGACGGAUCCUUCGGAAAAAUUUAUCGAACCUACAAUUCUCAUUGACAUUAAACCAACGGAUCCAGUGAUGCUGGAGGAAAUUUUCGGUCCAAUUUUGCCAAUUGUAAAUAUCAACAAUGCCUAUGAGGCAAUUAAAUUCAUAAAUGCUCGAGAUACUCCCCUUACAAUGUAUAUAUUUACAAAGGAUAAAGGAGUAGGAGAAUUGAUAAUAAAUCAAACGAGAAGCGGUGCAGUUUGCGUCAACGACACUAUGAUGCAAUACGCUGUUGAAACCAUUCCAUUCGGUGGCGUUGGAAAUUCAGGAAUGGGAGCGUAUCAUGGACAAUUGACAUUCGAUACUUUUGUUCACAAAAAGGGAUGUCUCGUUAAAACUUUCAAUAAACUUGGAGAAUCUCUAGGAUCAAUGCGAUAUCCACCGUACACGGACAAGAAAUUAUCUGCUCUGCGUGUUUUAAUGGGAAAGAGGCCAGAUAUUCCUGGAAUCAAAUAUUUGCCACAUCUUGUCAUGUUUGGUCUCGGCGUCGCUGUCACAUUCGCUGUCAAAGCUAUCGUCAAGGAAUAUGGCCAAGCGGUUGAGAAUCAAUAGAAGAAGAGAAGGAGAAAA